UACUCCUUCCUUAUACAUCUUGUGAGACAAAUCGCCCAAAUCAUUGACAACCACAAAUUAAACCCCAAUUCAUAUUCCCACAACAUAUACCCCCAAAAUAAUCACCAAUCACCAAAAAAACAAAAAAAUACUAAAAAAAAUGGAAAAUUCAUCAUCCACCAUAGCUUCUCUCCUCCUCAGAAAACUCCUAACUUCAAUCUUCCUCCACUCCGACGACCACCACCACAAGCUCCUCCACCUCCUCCGCCGCUUCCUCGCCUCCUCCCUCCUCUUCCUCCUCGCCCUCUUCUCCUCCAAAUCCACCCCUCCCGCCGACGAUCCUUCCUCCUCCUCGGGCCUCUCCAGGGCUCUCUCGCAGCUCCUGCAGCUCAUGAGCGAUAUCCCGGUGAGCUCGAGAAAGUACGAGCUCAUCCGGUCGCUCGCGGAGAAGAUCAUCGACGACAACUCGGCCGAGCUGGCGGAGGUCAACUCCGCCGUGCUGUCGGCCGCGUUCGAGAGGUCGGUGGCGCGGCUGGAGGCGGCCAUGGCGGCGGGAGGGGAGGCGGCGGCGGCGGAGAGUGGGGGGAGGAGGUGGAUGGUGGUGAGGCGGUGUGUGAGGGCGGGGUGGAGGCUGGCGAAGAAGGGGAGGGGGAGGGGAGGGGGGUGGUCGGCGGAGAAGGUGGCGGCGGAGGUGCUGUGGCUGGCGGAGAAGAUGGCGGCGUCGGGGUGCGCGGAGGAGGCCGUGUGGAGGUGGGCGUCCGCCGGGAAGGUGGCGUGGCUGGCCCUGUCGACCGAGCCGCGCCUCCAGGGCUCAUUGGUCAAGGUCUCAGCAUUCUUGAUCAGACAAGCAAAAGAAUUGAGCAAGGGAGAAGAUGAACAAAAAAUUAGAGCAACGAAGAUGAAGAUGCUCAUGUCGUGGCUUCCCCUGUUGUGCAGCGCCAACAAUGGCACGGAUGCACCCGUGCUGAGCAUGGUGGAGAGGGCGGAGGUCGAGAGAAUAUUGGAAGAGGUGAUAUGGACGUUGUCGGAGGAGGAGCAGGAGAUGGUGUUGUCCCUUUGGUUGCACCACUUCACCUACUGCCCCUCCUCCGACUGGCCCAAUCUACGCUCUUGCUACACCCGAUGGUGUAACGCCUCCCGAGCUUCCCUCCUUAAGCAUCAUACGUUACAUACAUAAUAUUAAGGGAGUUUCUGAUGAAUUUGGGGUCAAAGAUUAAAAAAGAAAUUUUUAAGAGAGAUAUGCUUCGAAUGACCUUCAGUCAGUCAGACUCUUUCACUUGUUACACUCUGAUGUAAAUAUAUAUUAUUGACACACUUAUAAAUAGAUGAAGAAAUUUAUAUGGUU